CAAUUGCAAUCUGUAUAAAACUGUGACAGCCCAAGCGAGAGGAGAGGGCAAACUCGCCCUGCUAGUAAAAAUAAACAGACUGGUAUUAAAAAUGUAUUGUGAAAAGGAUGGAGUAACCGAGUCAUCACCGGGGGUGGAAAUUCAAAUAUUUCUGAAGAUAAAUGUCUUUUGCAUGCCAGGAUGUUUAAUUUCUUGUCUUGAGGUAGUGAUGUAUAUUUUUUCACCUAUGCAUAUAUUUUUUUUGUAACCGAUUAAUAAUACGGACUAGAGAACAGUUUUGCAGUACCGCUCGGAACUGCACGGACAUGGUACACGUUACACCGGCCGUGCUGUUCCAGUUCACAACAGCCCGAGGAGAGAGGAAGGGGACUCGACAGCUGCGCUUUUUGUUUUAUUAUCCUGUACCUGGAGUGCAGACCAGCAAGGAUCCGCAGAAGGGAAACUUCUUCUUCGCUAAUUGAAAGAAGCCUGCAUUUCUAUUUUUUUUUUUUUCUGGAUUUACGUGCUCAGAAGUCUCGGAUCCAAACCCUUUUCCAGCCUGUGUGCGUAACUUCCCAUGCGUUUGGUACUGCAGGUCUUGUAAUCGGUGCUUUUGAGGUUAAUUCUAGGUCACGCUUCUUGGAGAUCCACGUUAGACCGACUGAGCAGGAUUUGUAAUUAGUGUCAGUUCUGUUACAGUUCCACAAGGACGUGUUUUUUUCAUCAGCAAGAGCUACUAUCAAGAUAAUAAUGUACCGUGCCUGUAGAUUUUGUCUUUCCUAGCGGGGUGGGUACACGGAUUUUGUCGUUUAUAAAGAAAUGUUACCGUUGAAUUUCGCGUUCUGCUCGCUGCCACUUCUUGCGCAUAUUGGGAGGAACUGACGGCACCGCAUUGCUUCUAGAUGGAUUUGCUACGCUGGAAUAAGAAAGACUUGUAAAAAAAAUAAAUACAGCUUCUUGAUGAAGCCUAUAUUUACUCACCGGUUGCGAAAAUUAAGACUGUAGUAUUUAGAGGGGAGGGAUACACUGAUCGGACCCUUGGCCGCUGCUUUGGAAGGUCCCCGACUGCUUCCUUGCCUCAGAGACUCUGAAUUGUGGUUUAUUUUUUUGUUUUAUUUUUCUGAAGGCGUGAAGAUGGCUUUUUUCUUCAUCCCGUUCGACAGUCUGAUCUGCGUCCUCCUGGGGAUAUCUUUCACGGUUUGGUUUACUCUGCUUCUGGUUUUUAUAAUCGUCCCUGCCAUCUUCGGGGUCUCCUUGGGCAUCCGCAAAUUGUACAUGAAAACGCUGCUUAAAAUAUUCAAGUGGGCGACUCUCCGGAUAGAGCGCGGAGCCAAAGAAAAGAACCACCUUCUUUAUAAACCCUAUACCAACGGCAUUAUUGCCAAGGAGCCCAUGUCCCUGGAGGAGGAGAUCAAGGAGAUCCGGCGCAGUGGCAGCAGCAAGGACUUGAGCAGCCCCGAGUUCGAGAUGAGCGACAUCUUCUACUUCUGCCGCAAGGGAGUGGAGAGCAUCAUGGACGACGAGGUGACCAAGCGCUUCUCCCCGGAGGAGCUCGAGUCCUGGAACCUUCUCACGCGCAGCAACUACAACUUCCAGCACAUCAGCCUGAGGCUCACCGUGCUGUGGGGGCUUGGGCUGCUCAUCCGGUACUGCUUCCUGCUGCCGCUCAGAUUCAAAAACUUCCUGAGUGAAAAAGUCCACCUGAUGUGCUACCGGAUCUGUGUGCGAGCCCUGACUGCUAUCAUCACCUACCAUGACAGCGAGAACAAGCCUAAAAACGGAGGGAUUUGCGUUGCAAACCACACCUCCCCCAUCGAUGUGAUCAUACUGGCCAGCGACGGCUGCUACGCCAUGGUGGGGCAGGUCCACGGUGGUUUAAUGGGAAUCAUUCAGAGAUCCAUGGUGAAGGCGUGCCCACACAUCUGGUUCGAGCGCUCCGAGGUUAAAGAUCGCAGCCUUGUGGCCAAAAGGUUAAGUGACCACGUGGAGGACAAAACGAAACUGCCCAUCCUGAUAUUCCCAGAAGGGACUUGUAUCAACAACACCUCUGUGAUGAUGUUCAAGAAAGGGAGCUUCGAGAUCGGAACGACAAUGUAUCCGGUAGCCAUUAAGUAUGAUCCUCGGUUUGGAGACGCUUUCUGGAACAGCAGCAAGUAUGGUAUGGUCAGCUACCUCCUGAGAAUGAUGAGCAGCUGGGCCAUAGUCUGCAGCGUGUGGUACCUGCCCCCCGUCACCAGAGAGGAAGGAGAGGAUGCAGUACAGUUUGCAAACAGAGUCAAGUCUGCAAUCGCCAGGCAAGGCGGUCUGGUGGACUUGCUGUGGGAUGGCGGACUGAAAAGGGAAAAAGUGAAAGACACUUUCAAGGAGGAGCAGCAGAAGCUGUACAGUAAGAUGCUGGUCGGGAAUCCUGAAGACCGCAGCCGAUCUUGAGAACUCCGGGCGGGAGAGGGGGCGGAACUCUGGGAACGCCAGAUUUGGGAACGCUGGCUUUCUUUAAAAGCUGAAGGCAGACAAAACAAUGAGCCUGAGCUCUGAGACACUCCUUUUCGACUUGUCUUCUUGACUUAACUAAAAACUGAAAAUAUAUAUAUGUAUAUAUCUAAUAAAUACCAACACACAAAAAAAUGACUUUGGAAACUUGGAAAGAAACUUGUACCGUAAGAAAAGGGGACUGACAUUGAUUCCUGUAGUAUUGUGUGUGUGUGUGUGUGUGUGUGUGUGUGUGUGUGUGUGUUUUUUUUUUUUUUUUUGAGAGAAGUUACUCCCCCCCCCCCCCCCUUUAAUUAUGUCUUCACAAAAGAGGAUGGAAAUGUGAAUUAUUUUAAGGAGUAGGGCACGAACAGUUCAUGCGACAGCCGCAGUGUUAUUUGCCUCUGCAUGAUCCUGACUAGCUCACUGUUACAGAACCACUGCUGUUCUCCGGAUAGCACAGCACCUUUUUUUUUUUUUUUUUUUUUUCUCUAAUAUCUACAUUUGUUUUCAAUCGCACGUUGUUUUAACUGUUGUCCGCACAGAUGUUAAAUAAGGGGGAACAGUUGGGAGCAAAUCAAGUCCCAGUGUCAAGUGGAAGUCUGUUACACGCAUUCACAGUGUGUUUGAGGGAGUGGAUUCAGUCAGACUAAUGUAGCACUGUUUUGUGGUGCAGUUUUAUCAAACCUGUUGUGAACACCAGUCCUUUGAUCCCCAAAAAACACUAAUGUUUGUGUUCCUCUUUGAUAGUGCCAUUUUUUUUUUAAGCAUGAUUCACAACAAAAACAGUUCACUGUAGUGAAAAGUCUGUUUAUUUCAUGUAUUUCAAUUUGAAGGAGCAGUAAAAUUAUUCUAAAACGUUAGACUAAAUUAUUCUUUUUUUAAAAUAUAAAUGUUCUCUUGCACCAUUUGCCACACCUAAUAGAUUAUUGGUAUUUAAAAUAUUUCUAGUUUUAAUGCUUCAUUGCGCUAAACUUGCCCUCCCUCGAGACAAAUGGUGCUCCUCUUAUUGAGGAGCAAGAUUGUUUUUCUAGUCCAUGUCUUUGUUCCAACCACAGACCUCCAGCUGUUAAACCUCCUUCUAAAAUCCUUCAAGGUCUAAUUUAAUCUGUACAAAAACCUGGAGUGGAUUUAGCCCUCCAGGAUGAACAGUGGUGUUUUGAAGCCACUGUUGGAGGGUCGAGUUAAAACCGCAGAAUUACAGGGAGCAAACCCCCCUUAUUGUCUUUAAAAACGAUUUUAGGUUGGAAGCCAUUGGGGGUAGAUUUUAAUGAUCUAGGCAGAUCGUAACACCUCCCCUCUUUCAAUAUUGAUCUUGGUGGUGAGAUUUCCCGUUAGGGCUGAUUUUAAUUGCCCCACAAUGCUUACAAUACAAACACAGGGUAAUUUCUGUGAAAAGUCUGCUCUUUUGAAAUGUUAAGGUAGUGGUAUUUAGAUCAUGGUUUUAGAUUAUUAAAAUAAACCUGGUAAAUGUACUAAUGGUUGUUGUUUUUGUUUUUUUUUUCCAGUGCUGAAUCUCAUCCACUUCGUAGUUCAGUGGGCUGUGGUUCAUAUACCUGUUUUGAAAAUCUCUAUCCGCCCAGGCGUGAUGAGCACAGAGACAGAUACCCGAGACUCUUACUGCACAGGCGAGGUAGCAAGAGGCAGGCUAGAAGUUCAGGGUUUCUGUAAAUCCUCCCCCAGCAUGUUACAAAAUUUUGUUCAGCGAUUCUUCCUGUUUAUCUCAAGUGCCUGUGUUUCCCAACUAAUACCUCCUUGUUGCAUUUUUUUCUGAAUUAUUAUUCUUGUUAUUAUUAUUAUUAUUAAAUCAUGUAGUUUGUGUUA